CAUUGACGCACGCAUUAUAGGUGACUGUCAAUGUUUAUAAUGCCUUUUAUUGUUUUUGACAAUGUGAUUAUCUUCCGGAACUCCGUGGAUUGUCCAAUGUACUUUUUGGACGGGUUUCGACCACGAUUUUGUACGUGUUGUUAUAUCUAGGGUAUUUAAUGGUGUCGAUUCUGGCGUGAUUAUCUAAACCAAAGAGCUAAAUUUAACAUUAGUCUGUCCUUUUCAUUCUGUCAAGAGGAUGAUAAGGAUAAACUGUUGUCAAAUUUAAUUUUGGGUUUACAGAAUAAAGCCUUCGACACAUUAUCGUUGUUUUUGGCCAUAAAGUUGGAACUGGAACGCAGCUCUGUUAAGAUUCUAUAGAAUGAUUUUGAUUGAAGAUAAAAGAACUUAUAAUUAUUUACAGUAAGUGUUUUCGUUUCCUAAGAUUUUUUUUAAUUACACUCAAUGCAUUUUAAUUAAAAGUUAGUUAUGUAUUCUUUGUGUUCAAGUCAUUUUUAAAGUACGUUUACGACGCACUGAUUGUCAAUUUAUUAGUUUAUCUGUUUUUACGUGGUGUGUAAUAUCAGUUAACAGAUGUUUCAUAUUUAUUAUCUUUGUUUAUUAUAUUCAAAGAGGAUACACUCAUUGAUCACAAUACAUUCGGUUUUCUUUAGUGUCCUUUGUCCUUCAUAGUUUUGGUUUUUGAAAUUGUUAUUGUAUUCUUGUUUUGUGGAAAGUAUUUUAAUAUGCAACGUUGGUUUUUUAUACAGGAUCGGAAAAAUACCAAAUUUAAUAAUUCACAUAAAACAAUGUCAUUGAAGGAGCCACUACCAGUUUCAGAAAUUAUCUCUCAAGAUUGGGUUUUUACAGUUAAUGUGCCAGGUGUUGGACCCAAGGAAAAAGUUGUUAUAACGGGCAGUAUUCCGGAAUUAGGAGAAUGGGAUUAUACCAAAGUUGUUGUGAUGGAGUCUGAAUCAGGCAAUGAUAUUUGGUCAAAAAGUGUUGUUAUUCCAAAUACUUAUGAUAUAUACUAUCGUUAUGCUAUUUGUAUGUUUACUGAAGACAAUAAGCAAGUAAUGGUCUGUCGCUGGGAGACUAAUUUACACCCUAGAGUCAUAACAGAGAAUACUCUUCAUCCUAAUGUUGAUAUAUUUAGUGACUAUGAUAGUAAUCAGAGAGUAGAUCAUGGUUGGCUGACUGUUCAGACAUUAGUUCAAUUUAAAUUUACUAACAAUCCACACAAAUUAAAGAGAAGUCUUUCUGGAAGACUGAUGAAUAUUAAAGUUACUCCUGUAAAAUUAUCUUUUGGUUCUGAACCGCACAUUGAAGAAUCAUCCAUAAAUAGUGAUACAGUUGAUGCUGAAAUACCUUUAGGUGUGUUUGUUGAAGUAUCUACUUUAGACAACUGCCCUUCUCUCUGUCAGCCACAUCCUCAGGAACAGUUUGGCAGGGAAUACAAACCUAAUGAUGUGAUGUUGGUUAAUGUAUUUGCUCCUGAACCCAAAGCUCUUGCAUACCUUAUAGAUUUUUACUCAUACAGUUCUCGGGCAUCAACUGAAGAUCCACCUUGUCAUAUAGGUUAUACAUAUGUAUUGCCCAACAUGUUCAAGGCUUCUGAAGGCGGAUUAGAGUUGCCUGUUACAUGCAAUGUUAAGCACAGACCACUGGGCACUGUUAAAUUUGAUUAUUUAAUUGUCUCUCCCAUGGAAGAGAAGCUGUGUGAUUUCCAAGUAUCUUAUACAAAACACUGGGACCCUGCCUGGACUGGCCUGGAAGUGGGCCAUCGUGGUCUUGGUGCAAGCUUUAAAACCAAAGAAGGAAAUUCUAUUCGUGAAAACACAAUAGCUUCUCUUAAAAAGGCUGCUGCAAGUGGUGCAGAUUUACUAGAAUUUGAUGUUCAGCUAAGCAAAGAUAUGAUACCAGUAAUUUAUCAUGAUUAUUAUGUAUGUAUGUCAAUGAAAAGAAAAAAAGAAGUUGAAUUUACUGAAAUGUUAGAAUUGCCUGUGAAGGAUUUGACUUUGGAGCACCUCCAAAAGCUAAAGGUUUAUCAUUUAGUGGAAGGUCGAAAUCAUGAAAUACUCUUUUACGAUGAGGAUUUGGAGGAACAUCAGCCAUUUCCUACUUUAGAAGAUGUUCUUAAAACUAUAGAUCUGCAUGUUGGUUUCAAUGUUGAAUUGAAAUGGACGAUGGAAAUGGAUGAUGGAACUUUUGAAUUGAACAAUCCUUUUGAUAUGAACACUUACGUAGAUAAGGUGUUAGAGGUGGUAUUGAAAAAUGCAGGUGGACGACGUAUUGUGUUCUCCUGUUUUAACCCUGAUAUUUGCACUAUGGUGCGAUACAAACAAAAUAAAUAUCCUGUAAUGUUUUUAACAGUAGGGAUAACCAAAAAAUAUCAACCGUAUCGUGAUCCCAGGUGUUUGUCCAUACCGGCAGCUGUGCAAAGUGCCGUGAGCGCCGAUAUCUUGGGUAUAGUCGUCCAUACAGAAGAUUUACUAAGAGAUCCUAGCCAAGUGAAACUUGCUACAGACGCGGGCCUCGUCAUAUUCUGUUGGGGUGAUGAUAACAACGACAAAAACACUAUUAAAAAACUCAAAGAAAUGGGUCUUCAUGCUGUGAUAUAUGAUAAACUCGACCAGUAUACAACCAAGGAAGUCAAGGAGAGCAUAUUCCUUGUGGAGGCGCGAGAGUCGCAACGUGAAAUAAUGCGCUUGGCUGCCUUGGAAGAUCUCCCUGCUACAGACAGCAGCACCUCUUCCGCACAAAUACAGCUUGUCGCAGAGAGCACGCCCAAACCAUACCUCGAUCUCUCCGUUCGCAACAAAAUACAGGAGCGCUCCACUGUCACUUCGUUGGAGUCGCUCGCGUCCUCCAUCGACUUGACAGACGAUCCCGCAGACAAAUUUUUGAAGAGAAACAGAGAGAUAACUCCGACGCCCGUAAAAGAGACCCAAGUCAAAGAACAACAUACAUCUUUCCGGGGCCUCUUCCGCGCCGGCGACGUUUCAAAGGGACUCCCUAAAAAGUCCCGAAAAAAUGAUUGUGAUCAAUAAUUAGAUAGCCAAUAUUCGAAAUGACAAACUUGUUAGUUUUUUUCUAUAUUUAUGUAUGAUACAUUAUUUUUUGAAUAUUUUUUUAACUAGCUGAAAUUUCGUAAUUACUAUUAUUUAGUUACUUGUUUUAUUUUAAUAUUUAUGCCAAGGAGUAUUUGGUAAUCAACGCGCUUUCGGACGAAGUACCUACACUGUUAAAAAAAUGAACAUACAAAAAAAAAAUUACAGAAUUCGGUAAAAUAUCUCAAUUUUUUGCGGAAUUUUGUGUACGUUCACAUAUUUUUUUGGGCAGUUUACAAUUUUUAUUUAAAAUACCAAAUGUUUACUUUAUUUUACAGAAAAAAAUAGUAGCAGUACCUAAGAAAUAUAUUUUUACGUAAUUAUUUGCAGUUACACAUGUCAAUGAACGGGAUUUUCACAUAAAAAAAUAUAAAUUCUACACUAGGCAAGUGUAAAUUCCAAAACAUAAAAAAUAAUUUAUAAUAAUUUCUGGGAAAAUAGAUAUUUUUAAUUAUAGUGAUAAAUACCCUAAUUAUAUGCAAAUUUACAAUAUCAGUGAUUUUCACAUAAAAAACCAUUGAUCUCACCGAAUCGAUGUAUGUUGUUUUACAGAUAAUUGAGUUAUUGCUAAAUAAACAUGUAAUUUAUCAAAAAUAACAUGUAUUUUUACGUAAAUAUUUGCACUUACACAUAAAGAUUUUUUGGGAAUGAAGGUUUUUAUAAAAAAAAGGCGUGUGCCGUCAAAAAAUAUAUAUUUCGAGACGCACGACAGAAGUGAUAACUUAAGUCAAUCUAAGCGUCGCUGCUGGUUAGGGUGAGAGGAGCCUGCCUACCGCUGAUGUAUGCGCAGUAUGGGAGAUUCUAUAAUGCUCCCUUUUGUGUUGUAAGUAUAAAAUAAAUAACAUUUAUUCGUUACCUACUCCAAGGUUUAGAGAUAUGGAACUCCUCGUAUGUUACAGAUUUUCUUAAUCUUAAUUUAUACAUGCGGAAAAUCAGCAAGUCCACCCGCUGUAAAUGUAAAAUAUCGUGUGUCAUUUUUAUUUAAAUAUAACACUAUAUGCCAGCACUGUUAAGAUGCUAAUGGCGGCCGGAGUAGCGACACAAAACAGACAUAACGGAAAGUAAUCUACUUAAAAAGAACGCUCGAGCAACGCACACAUAGACACCGCUCACGGACACGAUCUGUCGAACCAGUUCAGGCCACUGCUUGUGUGAGUUUUGUCCGCUACUCCCUCCGCUCGACACCCGCAUCUAUGAAUUGCAUUGUGCAAAAAUGGAGCAACAAAAGAACAAUUUAUUAUAUCUGUUCAAUAGUCGUUUGUUUACAUUCAACAUUAAACGACGAAUUGUCGUUUCUUAAAUUUGCAUUAAAACAAUAAUAUUAAAAUAUUUUAAUAACAAUAAGUUUAUAAUUCCGUUCUUCCUGUUUCAUUCUCGACAAUAAAUCAAUCAACUAUAUAGGUACGAGUGCCACUACCGCGAUAGCUUUUUGUGCACAAGCCAGUGUUGACAAUCCUAAAGCGACCGCCGAGUAUAGUUGUGCUAAGUGAAGUAUAUAUGUUACGCUCAAAGAUCGAAAACGCUCAGUGAGCGAAAAAAUAGCUCACAACGCGUUGUGGUCAUAGUGAAACAUCCAUAUGGCGAAAUUCGUGUUAUGGCUCUAAUAAAAAACGCCGUUUGUUCCCAACGAGUCAAACUGUAACACGUUGGGAGAUCUUUCUUAAAUAAUUCCCAACCAGUCACACCACACU